CUUACCACUCCCGUUCCUCGUUGUUUUUCACAUAGCUCAACAAACCCUCCACUUCUUGGAGGCUAUGGGAUGACUCGUCCUGGCCAGGGUAGUACUGACAAAAUAUCCACGAAUAUGUUGAACCACCCGAAUCAAAUCCGAUUAAAUAGGGUUAAACCAACAAACUCAAAUACCCGAUGGAAACGAGUACGUUUCGCCGGCGUGGUGACCAGAAAAGCAAAAACCGGAACGUUUGGAAACCGUAAGGCCCCGUUUAGUAUUGUUGCCUGUUUUUGUUUCCUGUUGUGUUUUUAAAGAUUGGAGAAACCAAGAAAAAAAAACAUGUUUAGUUGGGUUUCUAUUUACUGUUGCGAAUCAGAGUUGCACAACAAGGCCCAAAUAUGAGAAACAACAAUUUAUUGCUUUGGAUCUGAUUUUAAAACAUGUUGCACACGGGAUUCCUACUGGUUGGGCACUUGAUUUCAUUAAACCAGACCAGUUUUCGAAUCCCCACAGAAGCAAAAAAUUUUCUUUUUUUUUAACACAGCCGCCACCCCCCAAACCCUACUUCUAACAUAUCAGCCGCCGCCCCCCAAACUAUUCUCCCCCUUAACCCUUCUCAACAGAGGCGUCACCGGCCACCCUUCUCAACAAGGCGCCACCUCCGUCUCACCUCCGUCGCGCCGCCCGCCACCUCCUCAGUCGCCGACCCCUCUGCCUCCGCGCCCGACCCCUCUACCUCCGUGCCGAUCCAGCCUGCCGCGCAGCCCGAACCCUCCGCCGCGCAGCCAGCCCAGCCCGCCGACCCGCCGCCGAUGUCCGCUUGCCGACCCCUCCGCCUCCGCGCUGACCCAGCCCGCCGCGCAGCCCGACCCCUCCGCCGCGCAGCCAGCCCAGCCCGCCGACCCGCGUUUUUGUAGUAACUAAACGCGUUUUUGUUUCUUGUUUUCAGCUUUAAUGAUUUUUCAGAUUUAUCAACUAAACAGAUUUGUGUUUUCUGUUUUUUUCCUGUUGUGGUUGUACAUCUGUUUACACAACACCACUGUAACCACAACAACAACAAAAUGAUACUAAACGGGCCCUAAGGAAGUCGUAACUUGCCAACUUCCAAAGGGGGGAUGCUGGUCGCACAAGCAACGAACGAACUGCCAAAAAGCUACAGACAACUACUCAUGCUGUUGAUUCUUCCUAUGAAAGGGCAAGCCCAGAAACUGGUUCGCCCCAACUGUACAAGAUUCCUACUGUAAGUCUACGCUCUAAAGGUUCCAUCUUUACGGCCUCCUGAAUCUGUUCUCAGCUUCCUCGCCUCAUCGAGUUCCCGCAUUUCUGCUUCUGAAUUCUGAUUGAUCCCUUUCCGUCCCGUCACUUAUCUCCUUCGAUUCAUAUAUGAAUUCCGAUUGCUGUUUGUGAUCAGUCUUCCAUCUGGGUCUUUGAUGUUUGAGCUUGAAUUUUACUUGAAACGUUUGGAUUUCUGUUCUUGAUUGAGGUUGCUUGCUGUAGUUUCUUAUCUGUAUAAUGUUAGUUGGACCUUUGGUCAAUGCUUAAUUGGUGGGGUUGAGAAUUGAACCAGUGGUUGUGGUCAGUUGACUUUUUAUGGGGUUUAACCCAGCUUUGAUGGGCAAUUUUCGGCUUGGGCAUUCUUGUUUAUGCUUGUUCUGACAAAAAAUGAUGAACAAUGUCUUGCUCUACAGCUCAAAUUUUCACUUCAUACUGAGUUUAGUUAGGUGGAUGAACUCAUAUUCUGGAUGUUUGCAGUAUAACCAAUCAUUUAUGUUUAUCGUGCAGAGAUAUGGAGUGAAUGUGGACGAUAGCCCGGAGACCGAUUUGGUAACUUAUCAUGGCUGGCUUGGAGGAGUUGAGAAAGAAGCUGACGCCUUUAUUUGAUGCCGAGAAGGGUUUCUCAGCUGGGCCAUCUUUGGACCUCAACAAUUCUUACAUGCUUUCGGAUGGAGGAACCGUUAACUUAUUGAGCAGAUCAUAUGGGGUGUACAACAUAAACGAGCUUGGGUUGCACAAAAGCACUUCCUCCCCUAUUGGCAUGACCGAGCAUAGCGAAAAGACAUAUCGAUGUGCCUCCCACGAGAUGAUGAUUUUUGGUGCUAUUGGCAGUGGUGCGAGCAGUGUCGUUCAGAGAGCUAUCCACAUCCCAACUCAUAGGAUCCUCGCCUUGAAGAAGAUCAAUAUUUUUGAGAAGGAGAAGAGACAGCAGCUGCUUACCGAGAUACGGACUUUAUGUGAGGCACCUUGCUAUGAGGGUCUAGUGGAGUUUCAUGGGGCAUUCUACACUCCUGAUUCUGGCCAAAUAAGUAUAGCUUUAGAGUAUAUGGAUGGUGGCUCACUGGCUGAUAUCUUGAGAUUGAGGAAAAGCAUACCGGAACCAGUGCUUUCAUUCAUGUUUCAAAAGCUUCUCCGUGGACUAAGUUACUUGCAUGGAGAGAGACAUUUAGUCCACAGAGACAUCAAACCAGCAAAUAUGCUGGUAAAUCUCAAAGGAGAGUCCAAAAUAACAGAUUUUGGGAUAAGUGCUGGCCUGGAGAAUUCGGUCGCAAUGUGUGCAACUUUUGUCGGAACGGUAACAUAUAUGUCACCCGAGAGAAUUCGAAAUGAGAACUACUCGUAUCCAGCUGAUAUCUGGAGUCUUGGCCUUGCUCUUUUCGAGUGUGGAACUGGGGAGUUUCCUUACACGGCUAAUGAUGGACCAGUAAAUCUUAUGUUGCAGAUUUUAGAUGAUCCAUCACCUUCACCUCCCAGGGACAAAUUUUCACCAGAGUUCUGCUCAUUUAUCGAUGUGUGCCUACUUAAGGAUCCAGAUGCAAGGCCAACUGCGGACCAGCUUCUUAUACACCCAUUUAUUACGAAGCACGCUCAUGACACUAGUGUAGACUUGGCUGCAUUUGUUCGGAGUGUAUUUGAUCCAACGAGAAAGAUGAAGGAUUUAGCAGAUAUGCUGACAAUGCACUACUACUUACUUUUCGAUGGACCUGAUGAACAUUGGCUGCACACAAAGACGUUGUACAACAACGAGUCAACAUUUAGUUUCUCUGGCAAACAGUCAGUCGGUUCAAGAGAAAUCUUCUCGACCUUGUCAAGCAUCCGAACAACAUUGGCAGGUGACUGGCCACCCCAGAAGCUCGUUCACGUUGUUGAAAAGCUACAAUGUCGUGCUCAUGGCCAGGAUGGGGUUGCAAUCCGAGUUUCAGGUUCCUUCAUCAUUGGAAAUCAGUUCCUGAUUUGUGGGGACGGUAUACAAGUCGAAGGCCUUCCAAAUUUCAAAGAUCUUUCGAUCGAUAUAGCCUCCAAGCGGAUGGGUACUUUUCACGAGCAAUUCGUCAUGCAACCAGGAAAUGCCAUUGGGUGCUACUUCAUAGCCAAACAAGAGCUUUUCAUCGUUCAAUAAUAUGACCACUCAAUAUUUGUGUUAGUGUACCAUCUUCUCUAAAGUGAGUGAGCUCACUCGAAGCUUGCCAUUAGCCCUUUCUGCUGCUGCUGCUGUUGUACAUGUAAUCUAGCUUUAAGCAAGAGAUCAAUCUUUUUUUCUGAUAUUAACCUGUCACAUUCUAGAAACAUGUGGUGAUCAAUCAGGUUCUUCAUGUACCCGCUGGAUUCUUGCUGAGGACCCAAGGAAAAUUCUUUAAAUGUUUUACUAAUGACAAACCCUAGAAACUAGAAAGACUUUAUUGGUAAAUCUUCGUUUGCUUAGCUAAUUUGGUUCGACUGACGUGUUUCCUUAAUAUUUACGCAUAUAAUUAUUACUGAUAUGAGUGUUUAAUAUUAUUAAUCCUUAUUAGUCUCAGAAUAGGAAUAGGUUAGUUCAUUAUCCCUAACGGUAGCGGAGUAUUGCCUU